ACAACCCUAAAUUUUCAGUGUAGGUCUUUUUUGACUCAAUUUUCUUUGCUGUGCCAUCGAAAACUCGGAAAAUCUGGCUUAAAAUAACUGCGAAAAUUUGAUUUUUCUUCUUAUGUGCAAUUUCAAUUUUUCCAGUGGUCCUGUAGUUCAGCUUUCAUUCAUUUUCUACUUUCAAAUCUGCCUUGUUUUUCUGCAAUGAAUUGCCAUUGUAUCCUUCCCCCCCAAAAUUGUUUCAUAGCUCGCAAAAAACAUGCUUUGGCAAGACUUCAUAAAUGUGUGAUUCCAAAUUUUCAAUACAGUUAAAAAUCCAUGGUUUUAUCUAGUUUGCAUUUUUGUUGACUUCAUCACUCGGCAGCUUUUGUGUCCACAUGUCGAGAACCCAUGAUCGGUCUCAGACUUAUGGCGCAACUCAUUCGAAAGAUUCAAAAGACCCCUUCGGCCUCAGGAGCAAAUUUAGAAUUGGAAUAUGGGAUCUCAAUAUCCUCGACCCACCAUUUCAAAAGCAUUUUGACAAUGGGAUGUCCAUGGAUGAGAAGUAUGUGGAGAGGAUUUGGGCCCUUCUUAAGAAUGCUAUUCAAGAAAUCCAGAAGAAAAAUAAUUCCGGCCUCAGUUUUGAAGAGCUGUACAGAAAUGCUUACACCAUGGUACUUCACAAAUUUGGUGAACGGUUGUACACUGGGUUGAAAGAAGUUGUUACGCAGCAUCUUGAAUCUAAGGUUCGAGAAGAUGUGUUAAAAUCACUAAACAACAAUUUCCUGCAAACGUUAAACCAAGCCUGGAAUGAUCACCAAACGUCAAUGGUCAUGAUCCGUGAUAUCCUAAUGUACAUGGAUCGUGUGUAUGUGCAGCAAAACGAUGUUGACAAUGUAUACAACCUUGGUCUUAUCAUCUUCAGGGAUCAGGUCGUCCGAUAUGGCUGCAUUCGAGAUCACCUGCGGGACACAUUGUUAGGUUUGGUAAUGCGCGAGCGAAAAGGAGAAGUCGUUGAUAGAAUAGCGAUAAAAAAUGCCAGUCAGAUGUUGAUGGUUUUGGGAAUCAACAAUCGGGCAGUAUAUGAGGAAGACUUCGAAAGACCAUUUCUACAACAGUCUGCUGAAUUUUUCAAGAUGGAAAGCCAGAAGUUCCUAGGAGAAAAUAGUGCGUCAGUGUACAUCAAGAAAGUAGAAGCUCGCAUCAAUGAAGAAGCUGAAAGGGCGAAACACUACCUUGAUGAAUCCACAGAAACCCGGAUUGUUGAAGUAGUUGAAGAAGAACUCAUCAAAAAACACAUGAAAACCAUAGUUGAGAUGGAAAACUCUGGUGUGGUCCAUAUGCUGAAAAACAAGAAAACAGAGGAUUUGGCAUGUAUGUACAAACUUCUUAGUCGAGUGACAGAUGGAUUGAAAACUAUGUCGGACUGUGUCAGUCAGUAUCUCCGUGAGCAAGGAAAAGCUUUGGUGCAAGAGGAAGAAGGUGGCGCUAAUGCUAUCAACUUUGUACAGAAUCUGCUGGAUCUGAAGGACAAAUUAGAUCAUUUCUUGCACAACUCAUUUGCAAACGAUAAGAUUUUCAAACAAAUGAUUGCAUCAGAUUUUGAAUACUUCUUAAAUCUAAAUUCCAAGUCUCCCGAAUAUCUGUCUCUCUUCAUAGACGAUAAACUGAAGAAAGGAGGAAAAGGGAUGACUGAGCAAGAAAUAGAAACUAUUUUGGAUAAAACAAUGGUUCUGUUCCGGUUCCUGCAGGAAAAAGAUGUCUUCGAAAGAUAUUACAAGCAACACUUAGCUAAACGGUUACUUUUGAAUAAAUCAGUUAGUGACGAUAGUGAAAAAAGUAUGAUUUCAAAAUUAAAGACGGAGUGCGGUUGCCAAUUUACAUCAAAACUAGAAGGAAUGUUCAAAGAUAUGACAGUUUCUAAUUCAAUAAUGGAAGAGUUUAAGGAACACGUCACAACUUCAGGGACAAAUCUUUUUGGGGUCGAUUUAAGUGUGCGAGUUUUAACAACUGGUUUUUGGCCAACACAGAGUGCCACUCCAAAAUGCAGUAUUCCAUCUAUGCCUAGAUCUGCCUUUGAAGCUUUUAGGAGAUUUUAUUUAGCCAAGCAUAGUGGUCGUCAGUUAACCCUUCAACCUCAACUAGGUUCAGCCGAUCUAAAUGCUGUGUUCUACGGGCAAAGGCGAGAAGAGUUUGAGGGUAAAGAUGGAGCAAGCUCGUCAACUAGUUUAAUUGUGUCUCCUCAAUCAAGUUCUGCCAAGAGCAACUUACCUCGCAAACAUAUUAUUCAAGUUUCUACUUAUCAAAUGUGUAUUCUAAUGCUCUUCAAUAAUCGUGAUAAACUUUCUUAUGAGGAUAUGAUGAACGAAACAGAUAUUCCAGAACGAGAUCUCAUUCGAGCUCUUCAGUCUUUAGCGAUGGGCAAAGCAACGCAGAGGAUCUUAAUUAAAAAUCCAAAGACUAAAGAAAUCGAACCAAGUCAUGUAUUCUAUGUUAAUGAUUCCUUCUCUUCCAGGCUGUAUCGUGUGAAGAUUCAGACGGUUGCUGCCAAAGGUGAAUCAGAGCCUGAACGUAGAGAAACAAGAAAUAAAGUAGAUGAAGAUAGGAAGCACGAAAUUGAAGCUGCUAUAGUUAGGAUAAUGAAAGCCCGUAAAAAGAUGGCUCAUAAUGUUCUCAUAACUGAAGUAACUGAACAAUUAAAGGUUAGAUUCUUGCCUUCGCCAGUAAUUAUUAAAAAGCGUAUUGAAGGUCUUAUAGAAAGAGAAUAUUUAGCUCGAACUCCUGAAGAUCGAAAGCUGUAUGUGUACGUCGCUUGAGACAUCAAAUUUUUGAUUAUUUUCGUAAUAGUUUUCUUGACAUUCGCGGACUGUUGCAAAGGAACAGGCAUUUUUAGACUGUUUUCCCACCUCAUUUUGGCUCCACGCAGUCAUUUCACGUCGGCUCGUUUCGCGUCCAAUCCUGCUAAUCGGCGAAGGACAUAGCGUUAACACUGUUUUUUUUUCUUUCUGUUUCAUUGGCUUUUCACGAUAUCUCAGCUUCAUUUCUGUCGGUUAGUUCUUCCUAAACCUUAUUAGAUGUGUAGAUGAACUGAUACUCGUUUAUAAGUCGCUCACCUUUUCCUGGCGAUUUUGACGCAGUUGUAAGACUAGGUGGACGAUGAACAUUUAUCAACAUAAUUUUAGUUAUUAAUAAUGCUCUUUAGUAAAAUAUAUUUGUGAAAUAUCUGUGAUUCCUUGUUAGAUGGAAAUGCAGGAAGGUGUAACUAUAUUUUGGUGGAUGCAAAUGCUGUUCAAGAUUCUUGAAGCUAAGUUUGAAGAGGCUCUGUCAUAUAUCAGUUUUGUGACAGAGGUGAGAAAAAGGCUUUGAAUAUUUUAUUUUUAUCAUUUUUCCGUUCAAUUCAAUGGUUAUUUUUUUCAUUUCUUUACUUUUUAAAUGGAGGUUUUACUCUGACAAACUUUUCUCAGGAGCAUACUUACUUUUAAUGAGUAAGAAGAUGGAAGGAAGAUUAGUCGUGUUACUUUGUCAAAGACCCAACCUUGGAUUUUCUUAUCCUUCUCUUAUAUCUGAUGUAAUCAGUGUUUUUAUCAAACUUUUUGGCAAAUCUGAUUUUGUUUGACUAUCAAGUUUUAAUAAUAUAAGAUUUUUUCAUUAUGGUCAAACCAUGAGUUCAGUUCAAGGUUUUUUUUUCAAAUGUGAGUGGUCUCUAAAAUCAUCUAUCCUUACUUUGGUGAACCCAUUUACUUUCUGUUCAAAAACUAAUAAAGUUUUAACACAAAUUUGAUUGUUUGGCUCUUCUAUGCCCAAAGUUCACCUGACCAAAUUGCAACCGAAGCCCUGAUGGCUCCCUACUCUGCGUGCAGGCAUCAAAAUUGAACAUUUUUUUCUAAGUUUUGUCCAUUCUUUUUGAUAAUUCAGAAUCAAUGCUCCAACAAGCCUAUGUCGUUUAUUGAAUUCAGAAGUAGUUAAAGUAUUUUGAAGUUUCCUUUUAUCUUUGAACCCUUUAUUUCUAUUUGAAAUAAUAUUUUAUUUUUCUCCCUACUGUAGGUAAAUCUAUUUUAUUUCAAACUUUUCGAGUAAAUUUAGUUCCAUUUGAAUAAUCUGUAAUCAAAUUUACUCUCAGUCAUGCUCAAUUACGUAACUAUGUCAAAUUCCUGCAAGUAAUCCUCCAGCCAAGUUGUUUAGUUGAAAUUAGCUUAAGGUCUCGUAAACUAAGUGAUUAUUGCAUGUGGUAAGCAAAUGCCUGCUAUCAAGCAGUCAGAAAAAAGUGUUUUCUCAGAAUCAAAGGACUUUCUGUCCUUGUUUGAAUCUUUAUCACGUAUGUUUUUCAUCAUCGCAAGGAUUCAUCUAAGAAGAGUCUAGACCAUUGAUUAAGUCAUUUGUUUAAAACCAUCCAUCAGUAUCACUGGUAUGCUGCUUUAAAUUUCUUUUAAACCCACUUUGAAGUUAAAAUAAGGUUCAUGAUAACUUUUUACUCUUAUUUAAGUUUAUAAAUUCCCCUACUACGUAAAAAUUACUCAUGAUGGAUUGGCAAUCUGCCCAAAAAGAACCAAGCAGUACACUUGUGAAUUAAAUUAGAAUGUAAAGAGGGUUUUCACUAUCAGCCAGCACAUUAUUUUCUAAAAUAAUCAAGCUUCCUUUUCUAGAAAAAUGCUAAAGCAAGUUUGAAAGGCCAUUAAAGUCUGAAAUUUUUGAUUGAUUUUUUCUCAUCUGGUUGCUUGACUUUAUUUCUUUUUGAAAUCUAUUGCCAGUGCCUUAAUUUUCUAAGGGUGGUAUCAUCAAGUAAACUUGGCACGCUCUCCCGUUGGCAUAUUUUUCUUUGCAAAAGGUGCAUCCAAAGGUACUCCUCACCCUUAUUCCUUCAAAGAAAAAAUUAUUCAUAUCCAAACGGUACUUAGAGCAAGUCAUUAGAGCAACUGUUUAUUUCUCUGAAAAAUCAAGAAAAUGAUUAGAUUGUUGAGUUGCUUUCUUUGUUCACAAAUAUAUUUAUCUUUCUUCUUAUAGUUCCUCUGCUUUCACAACGAAACUAGGAAAUGAAGUACUCUUUCUUGGAAGAAAAGGAGCAACAUUGUGCCACUAAAACCCGAUGAAUAAUAGAUGAUAAGUAGUCUAAAGCAAAUUGAACAUGGUAGUACGGUUGGGUAUCCAGGAUUAGCCUUUCAUUUUGAUCGUUUCCAUUCUGAUUGAAUGCUUACAGGAAAUGUGCAACGGUUUCUCAGGCAUGUGUCACAUGAUCAAACCGUGUUAUCAAUUUGUCAAGGUCAGGUGUCAUGAUUGGUCCAAUCAUUGAGUUAGCCAAUCAUAACUCCUAACCUUGAUAUAUUGAUAGCACGGUUUGAUCGUGUGACACCAGCUGUACUUGCUCUCAAUCAGGUGAAUUUAGUCAUAGGUGUCGAUAACAAUGUUCUCGUAAUAUUCUUAACUUGACUCACCUGGACUAAACUAUUUUCUUGUUAUACCAGCCAUUUUGACGCCCUCUAAAUUCUAUUUUCAGAAAAUGAAAAUUUAAAAGUAAUAGAACAUAGAUUAAUAAAUGGGAUAAGCAAUGAAAUCUGAAUGAGUUGUGUUGCAAUUUUAGAUUUAUCAUUGUUUUCCAUUAAGCUGAUCUGUUCUCAUCUCUUCCGUUGUAGAGUUAGUUUGGAGAGAGUGCAAAGCCACUAGUGCUGUUGAAUUGCUAACUAAUUACGAAUCUAAGAGCCGGUUGAGCUCUUAUUCCUCAGUCUCUAGAUGUUUCAACUAGUUGAGUUUAAUGCCUUUUCUGAAUUCUCUCAUUAGAUCUGUCCUGUGUUUCCCAGGGUCCUAAUCGGUGUCUGGAAGAUGAUCUGCAAGUGAUGAAUGUCCAAUUAAGCCCCUUCUAUGUGCUUUUCAUGUGUUCUUUAAAUUUUUUUUUUAAUUUUUCUCACAGUCUAAUGCACAUAUUUGGCACUGCAUUCUCACCCAAUUUUAUAUACUCCUGAAUUUUGUAGUGGGGGCUCUGUCUUAGGUAUUUCUCAGUUAGCCUCAUAAAUUUUUACUGUUGCUGUGCGUUGUUGUAAUUCUUCUUUGCGAGCCUUUAAAUUCUAUCUGAUAUGAUAUGGGAUAGAAAUCUGCUUCUUUUUGUUGUCUUUUUAGUAUUUUUCAAGAAGAUUUUAGAUCCAUCCCUGUGCCUUUUUCUUCUUUACCAUCCAUAACAUUUGCUCUUAUUGUUUCAUCAUCUGUGGCUAUAUUUAUGGUUAUGUCUAAAAGAGUAGGUAUAACAAGAAAAAUAGUUUGGUUUAAGUCAUUUGAUCAUAGAAAGUUUCAAGUGCGUAACACAAUGAAUUAUUCUUUUAGAUCUUGGCCCAAAUCUUGUUGGUUUACUGUCGCAAGUCGUGAAACCUGACCUCUAAGUUCGACUUUGAACAGGGAAAAUUAUAUUCUAAACUCAAACCGAAUGCAAGUAGAGCUUUUUUUGCAGCAUUUUCCAGCAGUGAUCCUUAGUUCCUGAAUAGUGCAAACCCUUAAUCAGCGAUCGAAUUACAAAAUCAACAUUCUUGCCGCAACUUUUAUCCGUACUCAAACUGGUCAACAAGAUUUGGUCCCUCACUUCUCUUUGUAAACAACACAAGACAAAGUCAGUAAACAGUUAUUCAGGUGAAUCUGUAAUGACUGGGUGCUUUGACGGGCAAAUCUGCUAAUACAAAGUUUGAAAGCAAUCGAAAGACCUCAACAAAAGUUUUUUUUUAAGUUUUUGGAAAAAAAAUUAUCAACAAUGAAAUCGGAAUGCUUUGCGCAAACGUAGAAAGAAUGGCAAAAAAUCAAAGCAGCAAAUCGAUAGUCAUUAGACGGAGCCUUCUGUCCUUCAUUGGUUAGUGUAUUUCAAAAUCUCUACUCCUUUUUACUUUUUUGAAAAGGCACAAGUCAACUAUAUAGCUUGAAAUUUCCUUAAAUAUUCUGCUCAAUAAAGAAUAAAAAUCAAGGAAUAUUUCAAGAAAUUAAGUAGACCUGUCUCCAAAUCAAGGAAUGAAGUAUGAAAGAAAGUCUGAAACAUCAAAAAUGGAGAUACGUGGCUUCGCACUUUGGCCAUUCAAAUAUGUGCCUAUGGUGAUUUUUUUUUUUUUUUUUUCUUAGAUUUCAUUGCUUACUUGCUCCCCACUAAGUUUCUUUCGCACAAAAUUUUAGUGAUCACAUUUAGACCUCAGGAUAAACUUGGCUGGAAAAAAUUAAGGUAAUUAUGAAGCACUACUAUUCUUUCUUUUUCUUUCGUUCUAAAAAUUGUCAGAAAAAUUUGCUUUAAUUGCUUAAGAUAAAAACUUUGUCUCUUAAGAGUUACUGAUAAGACUGUGCACUAGCUAAUCUUAGGAACAAUGCUCUGUAAAUGACAAAAAUGAAUUUUCUGUGCACAUGCAAAACAUUCAUUGUGAAAAAAUUGUUUUCUCCUUUGUCACUUAGAUAAAGAACCAAAUAUUUGCUUCGUCGCUUUUCUUUACAGUCGUGUUUCAUUGAAUAGUCAUCGCCAUCCAAUGUCUUGCAUCAGUUUUAGAUAAUUACUGUAAAAACUAUUACUAAUGAUCAUCUUUUCAGUCGGCGUUUACAUUUUUGAUGAAAUCCAAAUUUCAUCAUAAUUCAAACCAUCGUUGCAUUAUGAUGUGAUAAUCAAUUUUUAUUGAAUGCGUAUAUGUAUAUUGUAUUUUGUAUGUAUAGUUUUUAAAAGUUUAAGUGUAAGAAAAUAAAUUAAUAAACUCUGUCAAUUUGA